AUGAAUCCCGUACAGCCACAGGCCGGUCAGGCCGCGCCGGGUCAGGCCAAGCCGCCCAUGUACCAGCCGGCACAGAUCCGCAACUUGCCUUUCCUCAGCGACGAAGAGAAGACGAAAUACGAGCAGGGCUUAAUGGGUCUUUGGAACCGCGUCAAUAACUCGCCCGCUAACAGCCCCGAUCAACUUGCCGCCCGAACUAAGAUUAUCGACUUCUCCAAGAUGCUGAUUGGCAAGAUCCAGGCCCGAAGGAACCAAGCAGCCCAACAAGGUCGCCAGGCAGGAGCCGUCCAGCCCACUGGCCAACCCAAUCCAGCCGCCCAAGCCGCCGCUCAGCAACAGCAACAGCAACAGCGCACACCUAGCGUUGGCGGAGCAAACGACCCCAAGGCUGCUGCUGCUCUCGCGGCUGCUGCCAACCGUCCUGGUCAGCCAGCGGCGCCGCUCGCAGCGUCUGCUACACCUGCCACAGCUGCGGCUAUUGGAAGACCCAAGAUCCCGGAUCACCUGCUGCAGUAUGUGGCCAAGAUGACGUUCCGCCCUCCUGUUCAGCUGGCUGAAAAGAACCCCGCGGACGCCGCCAAGUGGAUUGAAGAGAUGAAGGAGCGAUAUGCGAGGGCACUUAUGACAAUGGAGAACAGCAAGAACAAGGUCGCUGCAAUGGACAAGAUACUUAACGACCGCGCGCAGGCUGGCAACCCGCUCAAGGAUGACGACUUGGCGCGAUACAAGACGAGCCGUGAGCAGCAGCUCAAGCUGCACUCAGAUGCACAUAAGUGGGUGGAGAGCGUGCGCAAGCAGCAGGAGAUGCUGGGUAAUGCACAGGCUUCUACUAUGCAGCCCAAUGUCGCAGCCGCUGCUGCUGCCGCCAAUAACCAACGAGCUGCUGCUGCCGCGGCGGCUGCCAACCAGGCCGGAGCUGCUUCGGUCAACGCUGCCGUCGACGCUGCCAAGGCGCAACAGAUGGCUGCUAACAGAGCCGCUGCUAACGGCACGCCGACUGGGCAGGCGCAAGCGCGACCCAUUGGCCAGCAAGCGGGAGCUGCUAUUAAGCAAGAGCCGCAGGCACCAGGCCCCGUCAACACGGCUGUAGCGCAGGCGCAGGCGCAACAGCAGGCAAAUCUUGCCGCCGGUCGUGUGCAGACUCCGCAGUCGGCAACACCCACGACAGCACCCGGUGGCACGAGAGCACUGAGCCACCAGGCGGCCAUGAGCCUGGCAAACCAACGCGCGGCUUCUACUCCCGGCGCCGUCGCUGGCCAGGCGACAGCAGCUGCAUCUACUCCUACCACCAUGGGAGGCACGGCCAUGAACCAAAACACAGCGGCCAGCAACGGCCAACAGGGCCAUUCACACGCGCACCCUACACAGCAGCAGGUUCCGUUGCAAUCCAAGAUGCCCAUUCAGAAGCAGCUUCCAGAGCGUGCAACAGCUGUGCCUCAAGGUGUCAGCAUGGGUGGUGGUGUUGCUUCCGGACGACCUACCAUGUCGCAAGGCAGCGGUAGCAUUGGCGGCGUUAUGAACCAGCCUGCCGUGAACAGAGUCCCCGUGUAUACUCAUCGUGCUGUUAGCGACCACGUCUUGAGCAAGAAGAAGCUGGACGAGCUCGUCCGACAAGUGACCGGCGCCCCUGCCGAGGGCCAGGAAGGAAACUUGCUUACUCCCGAAGUUGAAGAGAGCGUCCUCAACAUGGCGGAUUCAUUUGUCGACAACGUACUCAAUGCAGCAUGCCGCAACUCGCGAGAACGCGGCUCCAAGGUGCUUGAGAUUCGCGAUAUUCAGCUCGUGCUAGAACGCACUUACAACAUUCGUGUACCGGGCUACUCGUCAGAUGAGCUACGCACUAUCCGCAAGGUGCAGCCUUCGCCGGGAUGGAUCGCCAAGAUGAGUGCGGUGCAGGCGGCAAAGGUGAUGCCUGGCAAGUCGGACUAA